GUUGCCAGCAGCCAACAUAGCCAAGCAGUUCUGACCAAGCCGGCAAAGUGGCAAAAAGUCAAAGUGGCAAAGUGACGAGUGGCGAAGUGAGACGACGCGUAGUCAAGUUUUCAGUUGUGGGAAGCGAGUGGAGAUCGAGCUAGGAAAAGAUAUGCAACUGCAAAUCCGCAAACUAAAAUUUCAAUACAAGUAUCACUCAUAACGCCAUCUCUAGCCGGGGGCCAUCGUUGAAGCAAAGUUCUGGUGCAAUUAGGAGCGGUACUAAAAGUAUCCAUAAAUGUCAGGAGACAAACAAUUUCGCAGAACAACAACUGUCAGCUACUUUCCAGGCAACAUGUUGCCGGCAGUCAUAAGCAGCAACAUCAUCAGCAACUGACAACUGGCAGCAACAUCAUCGGCGUUUGUAGCAUUGUAUCGUCGGUGGAGCUCGUGCGUCUUUCAGUCGUUCAGUCGCAAGUCUGGUGGUUGCAUGACGCGGUCGCAGGACGCAAUGAAAGAGACAGCCAAGCUGAGCCAGAAAAAGAGGGCCGCGGAGAGCGACGUGAAAAGUUUCCCAGUGUGAAAAAACAAAACAGAAUUCCAAAAAAAGCUAUUCAAAAUACGUAAUAAAGUGAAAGAAAUAUUAGAAUAUAAAUUAGCAUAAUUUAGCGGAGAAUCGCGCAGACAACCAGACUUUAAUUUCGCACUUAAUUAGUGUCGCACGGGCAGAGCGUUGACAAUGUGGCAGACACUAUCAACAUUAGCCACAUCACUCAGAGCCGCAAGAGCUGCAUCCGAGGCAGAUUGCAACUGCAGCGUGCAAAACGCGGAAAUGCAAAGUCACAAAGCGGGCAACAUGUUGCCGUCAACAGACACACCGCGUAGGUGUCGCUGUCACACAGAAAUCACAACAAACAAAAGUCGCAUCAGCAGAAGCAACAACAGCAACAGAAGCAGCAGUCCCAGCAGCAACAAUCUCAGCCAUGGUAGUUGCAACUACAGCAGCAACAUGCUACAAUUUCUGCUCCUGUUCGGCGUCCUUUGUGAUGCCGGACAGGCUUCGCUGCGUGAUGUUAAUCUGCUGGUGCAACCUCCGGUGGUGAGAAGGGGACAAUCGGUGGCUCUCCUAUGCGAUUACCAAUUGGACGGGGCACCACUGUACUCCAUCAAGUUCUACCGUGGACAGUUUGAGUUCUACCGCUACACUCCAGGGGAAUAUCCUCACACAAAGGUCUUUCACCAUCCCAGCAUCCGGGUGGACGAGACUGGCUCAAAUUCCACUAUGGCACUGAUACGCAACGUGAGCUUCAGCCUCUCCGGCCCGUUCAGUUGCGAAGUUACGGCGGAUGCACCGCUUUAUUCCACGGCCAUGGCGUACGCCCAAAUGCAAGUUGCAGAAUUUCCCGACAAGCGCCCGCAGCUUUUCACUGAGAAUACACGUUACGAGCCCGGCGAUGUUUUACGGGCCAAUUGCAGUAUUUCGCCUUCCCGGCCGCGGGCUGAGCUCCGAUUUACCAUCAACAACGUGCCAGUAAACUCAGAUGAGACUCAGUACAUUCGAACGGGUGACAAUUUAAUAGCAUCCCGCCUCAGUCUGAGAGUGCAGCUGCAGGCAAUUCACUUUGUGGCCGGCCUCAGUGCCCAUGGAAAUGGGAAUGGUAAUGGCAAUGGCCUUACGAACUCACUCUUCACGGGCAGCGGGGGCGGAGGCAGCAGUGUAGGAGGCCUCGUCCUUCGGUGCACGGCUCAAAUUGGCGAUCUCUAUCAGGAGUACAAGGAAAUCGAGCUGGGCACGCCGCAAAAGGAUCCGGUGCCAGCCAGAGUGACGCUGUCAUCGGGAACAGGACUAAGCAGCUUCUUGGACUAUUUCGCUAAGUCGUCGACUCCCAGCCAAGGGCGGGGGGUGCCUGUGGUCCUGGGCGUGGUCUGCGGCCUGGUCACGAUGCUGAGCCUACUGAUUAACGGAAGUUAAAUGGUGAAGGCUGGGGAGGUCGGAUGCAGUACGUGGACUGGGAUGUGAAAUGUGUAUAGCUUAUCGAUCAGCGAUGGAAAUUAGAAAGCCGUCGGCCGUAAACUGCAUUAUUUAUCUAUGCCGAAAGCAAUUUAAAUUACAAAUAUAGAAACACACUCGCGAUGACCCUGCGAUUCCUAUUAAGCUCAUACACAAAUACACACUGGAUAUUAUGAAUGUAAAUGUAAAUAUUUGCUUUAAUGAUGUAAAAGGAUAAAUGAACUCGCACACACAGGCACACCUUCACAUGGACACGCGACUAAUUGUUAAUUAAUGGAUUAUUUAAUGAUGCAUAAAAUAUUCGAUAAAAUAGUAAUGUAUUAUUUGCAUUUUGCUUCAAAACAAGCGGAUAUCAACCUACUGUUUAAGUGAAGUUAAAAAAAAAAUCGUUAAAACGAUUAAAAAAAAAAUGCAUAAACAAGUGUAAACAUAAAAAAAAACUGCCAAUGUCAAGACAAACCAAAUACAUUCAAAUGAAAAUAAACAACCAGUAACAAUACAAUUUUAAUG